GCUGAGUAUAGUGAGUAUCGUAACCGUAAGAAGCGAUACGAAAAGGUGAGUGACUGUCACGUUGCGGUCCACUCAUUAUUUUGAUAGGGAAAUACUUGGACCGGUUACAAAACGCGAUCAUACGAUAUUUGUUUACACAUCGCGCGACGUCCCCGAACUCGGUGAGUGGGUCGCGUGAGAGGUGUGGCGACGCCAACUCCGUCACGCUGUCACUCUGCCAGCCACCGGCUGCGAGCAGUCGCAGCCCGCGGUGAUGCAAACAAUGUCAAAACAUGUUUUGACUAAACUCGCUAUAAAAUUUACUGGCCUUGUUUACAAUACAUCAGUGCGCUACUACACUUUACUCCGCAACAAUCUGUCUACUGAAUAAAAGACAUCUGCAUCUUAUUUUGUGGGAACGUUACUCAUCACUAGUGAAAGUGUUGUUACCUGUUGGAACUGUGUCGUGUGGUCACUGUACUGCUGUAUUCCGUUAAACGUGAAAACUUGAGAAACAAUUUGUGUAAAUAUAAAAACGAACGUUUAGAAGCGAUUAAUAAAUAUAUCAAUCAAAACACAUAAGAUAUUAAUUUAGUGCUGUAUGUGUAUGUAAUUAUAGGCAUAUUAAAAAUAUUUUUAUUAUGAAACAUAAAAGAGUACACGUUUAAAGUGUAACAAAGUACGUGUUACGAAACGUAUUAGAUUUGUUUUGAUUUGCUGAGGUUGGUAGAACUGUGCGGAGAUCGUACGAUACUACGUCACUGUGAAGUUGUCAUUGAUUUAUUUAUAUUUUGCGAAUUUUACUCGCAGCCUCAAGGUUUUGCGCUAAAUUCGCACAUUCUCAUUCAGUGGCUCGGUGGAAGCACACGACGCAUUGAUAAAGAAUACUUCGUGCAAACUAUCGAGUUGACAUUCACUGUUUAUUUGAGACAAAGAGUGACGUGACCUGGUGUAGUCGCGCAGACCGCGGUAUAUUAUUGUGCUGAUGUACGUGUUGGUGCAGUGCUAGUGUCCCAGUGGUAGUGCUGUCGCUGGCGAGAUGUCGUCGCUGGGCGGUCAGUGGCGCGUGAUCCGCCACUACCUGUCGCUGAGCAACAUGCAGGCGGAGGUGGAGAAGCUGGUGCAGAAGAUCAAGCCCGCCACGCCCGAGCAGUGGGACAAUUUAAUACGGAAGUUUGAGAAGGUGGUGUCAGCCCGACUGACUCCCGCAGCUGAAGCUGAGAAGACGGCCGCGGCAGCAACUGAUAAAGUAAAAGCAUCCACAAGUGAAGAGACAGAACCCAAAGCCUCUGUACAGGAAGUAAGCAAGUCUCCGACUAGACAAGUGCCAGAGAGUAAGUCCAAGGAGACUGGAGCCCCAAGCAUGGGCUCUGAGAUGAAGGAGUUGUCCAUGGAGAGCUUGCUGCAAGGACUCCGACUCAAGAAGGACACCACACUCGGCAAGAUAUCAGAGCCCACCUGGAAGGAACAGAAACACUCUGUCUCCAAGUCGUCGAUCCACUCGCGCACGGCGUACGUGAUCAGCGCGGUGGUGGCGGCGGAGAGCAAGGAGAGCGUGCUCACUCGCUGCGAGCGACUCGUUGAACAUCUGCACGACUACCCCGAGGCCAGGGACUAUGCCAUCAAGGAGGGCGCGGUGCGCGCGCUGCUCCGGGUGCAGCACGGACUGGACGCGCAGGAGCCGCUCGCGCGCGACAUACACGGCGUCGUCAACGAGGUCAGUACCGAGGACUGCGCUGGCGCUGGUGGGGUACUGCGGGCCGCCGCGGGGCCCGGGGCCAAACAUACUGGCGCUGGACGGCGGCGGCAUCCGCGGCAUCAUCGCCAUAGAGAUGUUGCGCCACCUCGAGCGACUCACCGGCCGCCGCGUCACAGAACUCUUCGACUACAUCGUCGGCGUCAGCACCGGCGCCAUCAUUGCUGCCGUGCUCGGCAGCGGCGCCAGCCUGGACACCGCCCGCCACAUGUACUACACGCUGUCCAGGGAGAUGUUCGGGAACACGUCGCUACUGGGAGGCGGCGCGCGACUGGUGUGGACCCAUUCGUACUACGACACGGCGGCCUGGGAGCGCAUGUUGCAGGACAACCUCGGGGACUGCACGCUCACGCAGUGCAACCGGAACAACGCGCCCAAGGUACGUAUGCGGGCGGGCCGGGCCGGGCCGGUGGUACCAGGCGCGCAGGCCGGGCCGGUGGUACCAGGCGCGCAGGCCCGCGCGGAGGUGUACAGAGCGCGCGUGUUGCAGCUGGCGGUGGUGUCGUGCGUGGUGAACGCGGGGUCGCGGCUGACUCCGUUCCUGUUCCGCAGCUACGAGGCGGGCUGGCGCCGCCGCAGCGUGUUCCCGGGCACGUCGCGCGCGCGCCUGUGGGCGGCCGUGCGCGCGUCGGCGGCGGCGCCCACGUACUUCGACGAGUUCCGGCUGGACGGGCUGCUGCACCAGGACGGCGGCAUCAUGGUCAACAACCCGGCCGGCGUGGCGCUGCACGAGGCGCGCCUGCUGUGGGGCGGCGCGGGCGCGCGCGGGGGGGCGCUGGUGUCGCUGGGCACGGGCCGGGCGCUGGCCGCGCGCUCCGACUACCGCCGCAUGGCGCCGCGCGACGCGCCCGCGCCCACCUCCUGGAAGGACAAGUUCAACAAGAUCCUCGACUCCGCCACCGACACUGAAGUUCUUCACCCUGUUUUAGCUGUCCACUCACGGGUCAGGACCAUCAGCGACCGGCCUGUUGCCGUAGUCCCAUCAACAGUUUCCAUAACAAAGAACUAUUCCAAGCUGUAUUCCCCGCGUCGUGCUGUCUCCAAAGCAUUGACUCGCUGGUCAGUCCAUGAUGUAAUGUACCUACGUGUCUCCCCAGGCGUGCACCAGGUCCUGAACGACUUGCUCCCGGAGGGCAGCUACUUCCGCUUCAACCCGCCGCUGAUGCAGGAGUGCGCGAUGGACGAGAUCGACUCUGCCAAGUUGGACAGUAUGGUGGUGGACACGGCGGCGUACAUCCGCCGCAACCAGUACAAGUUCCAGCGCGCCGCCGCCAUGUGA